AUGUCAUCAUCAUCUUCUGGGACUCUUCCAGUAACUCCCCAACAAAGCCUCUCCGACUUUCAACUUCCGUCUCACGCUCGAGUCGUCGAUCUCACCUGUUCCGACUCUGAGGAUGACUUGGCUGAGGAAAGGAGUGGUGGAGCUACAGCUCACUCGCCAUCCGCUGCUGAGUCCAUCAUCAAGAGCGAACCGAUGGACGAGGACUCGCUUAUAUCGGACUCAAGCCCCGAGCUCAAGGACCAUUGUCAAGUGGCGUCUGAUACAUCUGCAGGACUGCUUCUCAAUCAUGAACACAUGAGUGACGAACCAGCGUUAGGCACAAGUCUUCAAGGUCGACACGACAUGGAAAGCCAAGUUGACAAGCCAAGCGAUGGGUCUGUGAACGAUCAGCCACAGGCAAAGAUCAAGAGUGAGCCGAUUGAGACUAAGUUUGACGUUAAGAAAAUUGCCGGAACACCUAACGAAUACGGCAAGAUCGACAAUGUCGACAGUUCUGAUCUGGUCUCUCCCAAGGUGGAGGAGCCCAACGACGACGAUGCCGAUGGCAGUGAUAGCUCGAGCGAUGAUGAGCGAGACAGAGAAUCUGAUGAUUCAUACCAGCCAGAAGACGAGAGGCGGCCAGUAUCUGGCGAACAGACCAAAGGAAAAGCCAAGAGUCAAGCAAAGAAUCCGGGUAAAGCCCACCGUCCCCGGACCCCCAAAGAGUACUGGCUACUGCAGCUACAGAAAGAACCAGACUGGAACGAAAGGGCAAAGGAGGCUUUGAUGAAGCAGCUACAAAACCAGAAGAAGGGCGGAAAGGCGUCUGCCAAGGCGAAAGUAGGAGGGAGUCUCAUGGCGGGCCACAAUACGAGACCCGACAUGGAGAACGCCAAUGCUUUGGUCAUGCCAGGGUCCAGCGCUACCACGCACGCUACUCAGUUCAAGUUUCUACGAAGAUGCAUGCCCCCAGGUGGCGAUACCCGCCGAUCAUCGAAUCAAUUCAAAGACCUCAAGAUGGGUGUCCAAAGCUUUGGAUUUCAGAAGCUGACGACGAAAGGCGACAGGUGGUAUCAUAAAUCCAUGAAGGCAGGAUUAAUGAGCUAUCAAGUCCCAGUCACGGCGUGGAUGAAUAGGCGAGAAGUACUCGGACAGCCUCACGGCGGACUUGUGGCAGACGAGAUGGGCAUGGGAAAGACCAUCGUAACUCUGUUCUGCAUGUCUACGAAUCCACCCGAGGGGGACGAUCUCAAGAAUUUUCGCAAGGCGACCUUGGUUGUCGUGCCAAACCUCACGGUGGCCGGAGAGUGGCUGAACAAGACGCACCAGCAUUGUAUCGAAAAGAAUGCCAUGACAGCAGUCGUUUACAAAUCAAGCGAUCAGAUGUCUGAAGAGACACUUGGCAAUCGAUUUAUGGUCAUAACGACGUACAACACCCUGUUGAGCCAGCACCCGAGCAUGGUGCGGUACCAGCAAAUUGUGCAACAAUGCCACGCAAAUAAGGAGCGAAUUCAGGACAUGGUGGCGGCUGAAUCAAAGGUUCUUUUCAAGAUCCCGUGGUACCGCGUUGUUCUUGACGAGGCACAGCAGAUCAAGAACGGGAAAUCUAUCACUGCUCGAGCUUGCUGGAAUGUCCAAGCCAAGAAUCGAUGGUGCCUUAGCGGCACGCCGUUGGCCAAUGCUCCUAAAGAAUUCUUUCCGUAUCUCGAAUUUCUGAAGUAUAAUAAUCCAGCUACAGAGAAGGCUUUCGCAGGAAGGCAAGAGCCCCCGGAAGACAAAGUCAUGGAGCUCGAAGUCUUGGUUUCGAUGGUAAUGUACAGAAGAACCAAAAACGAUACUUUUAUGAACGCAAAGAUCCUCGACAUCCCCCAGAGCCAUAGCAAGGACAUUAUAGUCCCGUCAACAGCAGAAGAGGACCACGUGUUUAUGACUGUGAUCCGGUUCAUGGAUUUGCAACGUCAAAUUCGUGACGGGGUUUGCUACGAAGCGGACGACGAGGACAAGGACUCUCAAGCUGUGGGGCGCUGGGAUCCAUCCAACAUGGAAAAAGAGCUCGAUCGUUUUGCUAAUGAGGGCAAAGGCAAAGGAAAAAGCGAGCUUGGCAACAAGCUUUGCCGUGCCGCGUCUCACCCCUUCAACCUUGAUCGUAUGCUCUUGAAGAAGGCUACUGUCGCACAGCUCGAGCUUCUUAUUGCUGAGCUGGCAAAGCUUCCGAAACACAAUGUUGUUGAUAUUCUGCGAAGAACAUGCGAUAUCAACGAGGGCAUACAGGAGUUUCAAAGAGGACUGGACAUGGUCGCCAGGUUCUCAAGUCCGACACUCUCGGGCCACCUGAGUCUGACUCGCCUUUUGGAGCUCGCAGUGAACCAAGCUAGACUCAGACUCCUGUGCUGCGCUAUCUGUGGCUCAGAAGAGCCCGAGGAGCCAAUGGAGAGCGCGAAUUGCUCUCAUGUAUUCUGCGGGCCAUGCAUCAUGAAGCACAGGCAAGAGUUCUCCGCUACGGAGAAAUCGAACCCAAAGCGGUGCCCGGGUAGAAACAACAGUGAGGAUUGUUCAGCCAAGUACAACAUAUUCCCCACGGUCGUCUCUACUGUUGCAUCUUUGGCGAACGGUGUCAUUGCAGCGAGCAAGAAGUCCGGUCCGAUAACCGUAGGGGCCGACAGCAACGGACAGCGACUCUCACGAGACCCCACACGCCAUGGAAUAUUCUUAGCCUUGCUGGCUACGCCAAACCACAGGGUGCCACCGAGCCCAAAGACAACUAUGGCCAUGGGAAUCAUUCUGCAGUGGCUUGCGGAUUCCCCGGAGGACAAGAUUGUCGUCUUUACCCAAUUCAUACCGACAGCAGCUGUCCUGGGCCACAUGCUGCAAGUAGCGAACAUACCCUUCCUUUAUUACUAUGGCGAGCUGUGUCCUGAAGCAAAGUCCAGAGCUGUCAAUGAAUUCCAAACCGAUCCGUCAAAGAAAGUUAUGCUCGUGGGACUGCGCGCCGGCUCAACCGCGCUCGACCUGUAUGCGGCCAACCGCGUCAUCCUCGUGGAUCUGUGGUGGAACACGGCGGUAGAAGAUCAAGCCCUUGGGCGUGUCUGGAGGAUUGGUCAGGAGAAGGUCACUCACAUGCGCCGCAUCAGAACGACGAUGGAGAUUAACAAUCGCAUCGUUAAGAUGCAGGAGGACAAGAAGGUCAAGGUGCGCAAAACGCUGCAGGACGACGGACCAUCGCAGGAUGACCCAAGGAAGAGGAGAAAGAGAAACAAGGUGAUUGCGAGAAUGGCGGGCGAGGAUAGCGGAUCGGAGGAUGAGUAGAAGACGUUGCUGAGACUUGCUACUGGGAGGUCACGACUGACGACUGAUGGACGAACGAGGACGACAUCGGAACAGAGUAGCUUGGCUAGGAGGUAUGGUGCAUGACUUCAGAGCCGUGGAAAGGAGUUUUUGAAUUUAUCUAGAUCCACAUCUCAGACAAAGUCUGGCCCUAUUAUUCAGUUCAAGAGCCAUCUCAGGGGUCAGGGGUUCGUUUGUUUGGAUUGAUGGGUGGCCCCACCCACACCUUCCCCCGUCCAAGUUCGUCGCGAGUCUUGGCGAACGGGCCCCCAUUU